CAUCUUGAAGCUGCGAGACUUCCAGACUUACUCUCUGCAUUUGGAUUCUGCAGUCUGUACCGGUCCACUGACCGUUUCGGAUGAUUUUUUUCUUUUUCCACCAUCGAGAGUAAGGAAGGAGAAACGGGAAAUAAGGAAAAAGGAAAGACGGAGGGAACAGUGUAAACCAAGAACCGAUCGCGUGAUAACGAUGCGGUCGAAGUACCAAUUGGUCGUUAUUGGCCUUGUCGUCGCUCUUCUGGUCAUCGAUGUAUCUGCAGAGCGGAGGCGAAAAAGUCGUCGCAGGACAACGACAGCAGAGCCAACUCUCCAAGAUGAAAAUAUAAAUAUGCUGGAAGCUGAUGAAUUGUCCGAGGAGAUUGAAAGCGCCAUGGCCAAUGAAGAUAAUGACAAACUAAGACCGAUGUCCCUUCUAAACGACCCUUGUUUUGACAAACACUGCGGCGCUGGACGAGUUUGCAAAGUCUCCGAAGAAGGAACAGCCGAAUGCCUCUGCAUAGAGCAAUGUGAUUCGGAAAUCGAUCCCAGACGCAAAGUUUGCACCAAUUACAACGAAACCUUUGGCAGCGACUGUGAAGUCUACCAAACUCGGUGCUUCUGUGACACUGGAGAUUCCCGAUGCAGGGGUCCUGAUUACCAACACAUUCACAUCGAAUACUACGGUGAAUGUCGUCAAAUGCCUGCUUGCAAAGAAGAAGAUAUGCUCGACUUUCCUAGGCGAAUGCGCGAUUGGCUUUUCAACAUAAUGAGAGAUUUGGCUGAUCGUCAGGAACUUCCCAUGCACUACUUGAAAAUGCAAAGAGAAGCCGAAACUAAUCACACUCUUCGUUGGUCAAAUGCUGCUAUAUGGAAGUGGUGCGAUCUCGAUGGACAUCCUCAUGAUAGAACUGUUUCCAGGCACGAACUUUUCCCCAUCAGGGCACCGCUGAUGGCUCUUGAACAUUGUAUCGCUCCUUUCCUUGAUUCCUGUGACGAAAACGACGAUCACAAGAUCAGUCUCACCGAGUGGGGAAAGUGUCUGCAAAUAGAUGAGGACGAUUUGUCGGACAAGUGCGACGAAUUAGCGGACGCAGCCGGCGAGCAAUAAAUUAAAAAGGCCCACAAUGAAAAUGAGAACCCCAAAUCUACCUGGAUCUGGAAAAAAGAGGCGGGAAGGAAAA